AACAUUGAACAGCAGACGGAUGCAGCCUGUCAGUGGCGGUAUCAUAAUGUUUUUUUCCCCUUUUAGCUAAUAUUUAUCGUAAUUAGUCACAGAAAAAGUCGUUGUUAUUGCAUUAGUGGAGUGGUUUUGGGGCUCCGACAUGGCGGGUCCGCUACUGGAGUUUGAGACGGAGAUGUUUCUGAGUCUGUUCGGCUCUGACGGGCUGCUGGUGGUAGCAGAGGGGAUGGGGAUAGACCGCAUCCUGCUGCAGUUCAUGCGGGUUUACUCGGAGCCUGGCAGCCUGGUUCUUCUUCUCAACACAACUACAGCAGAGCAGGAGUAUUUUACAGAGCAGUUAAGAGUGGAGGGUAACACCCACCUGCCCAGGACGGUCACCAGUGAUAUCCAGAGCACUGAGCGCUAUAAUGUUUACACUGAGGGAGGAGUGCUGUUUGUCACCAGCAGGAUCCUGGUGGUUGACUUCCUGACUGACCGCAUCCCUGCUCAUCUUGUAUCAGGCAUCCUGGUGUACCGUGCUCACAAGAUCAUCGAGUCAUGUCAGGAGGCAUUCAUCCUCCGCCUGUUCAGACAAAAGAACAAGACAGGCUUCAUUAAAGCCUUCACUGACAAGGCUACAUCCUUCUCCUCCGGCUUCUGCCAGGUGGAGCGUGUGAUGAGGAACCUCUUUGUGAAGAAGCUCUACCUCUGGCCUAGGUUUCAGGCAUCAGUAAACACAGCACUGGACAGGCACAAGCCAGACGUGGUGGAGCUCCAUGUGUCAUUGACGCCAUCAAUGAGAGCCAUCCAGAGCUCCAUCCUGGAUAUAAUGAGCGCUUGUCUGAAGGAGCUGAAACGCUACAACCCCACCUUAGAGGCAGAGGACCUCUCUCUGGAAAACACGCUAGGCAAUGCCUUUGAAAAGACCAUCCGUCACUACCUGGACCCCCUGUGGCACCAGCUAGGAGCAAAGACUAAGGCCCUAGUACAGGACCUUAAGGUGCUGAGGGUUCUCCUCCUCUACCUCACCCAGUACGACUGUGUCACCUUCCUCAAUCUGCUCGAGUCGCUGCGUUCGAGCCAAAAGAGCUUUGGAUCCAAUUCAGGGUGGCUGUUCCUCGACUCCAGCACCUCCAUGUUUAUGAAUGCCAGGGGUCGAGUGUAUCACUUCCCAGAAAGCAAAAAGAAACUGAAAGUGGGAGCAGAGGCAGAGAAACAGAAGUCAUCCUCAAACCCAGAGUUGAAGCGAGAGCUGGUGCUGGAAAAGAGUCCAAAGUGGGCGGCUCUGACAGAGGUACUGCAGGAGAUUGAGAGGGAGAACAAGAGCUCUCAACAUGAACCAGGUCGUGUGCUGAUCUGUGCCAGUGAUGACAGAACUUGUGCUCAGCUCCAGCAGGUCAUCAGGCACGGUUCUGAUUGGCUCCUUCACCGACUUUAUGCUCGCACCAUUGGCAAGCGGGACCCCUCUGCUGCUGCUGCCUUUGAUCUCGACUCACACAAAAAGGGAAAAGGGGGGCCAACAAAAGGAACCAAAGGAAAAGAGCCCAUACAGAGAGAAAAACCCACAAAGAGUAAGAAGAGACCAUCCCUGACCCUGACCCAGAUGAUGGGGAAUAAAGAGAAAGAAGAAGCAGCGGUGAUGGGCAGCAGCGGAGAUGGGGAUGAAGUGAUGGAGGAGGAUGAAGGGGAGGAAGAACAGCUGAACCUGAAUCUGUCAUCAGAUGCCUACUAUGGCCUCCUGAAGGAGCCGCUGACUGUCAUCCACCCACUCAAAGGCCUCACUGACCCCCACAGCCUGACGCGAGUGCUGCAUGAGGUGGAGCCCAGCUUUGUUGUGCUGUAUGACGCUGAACUCAGCUUCGUCCGCCAGCUGGAGAUCUACAAAGCUAGCCGGUCUGGAAAGCCUCUGAGGGUAUAUUUCCUCAUCUAUGGAGGCUCGACGGAAGAACAGAAGUAUCUGACGACACUGUCGAAGGAAAAGAAAGCCUUUGAACACCUCAUCAGGGAAAAGGCUACUAUGGUCAUCCCAGAGGAGAGGGAGGGACGAGAAGACACAAAUCUGGAUCUAGCUAGAAAUUUAGAGCCUGCCAAUGCCACUACCAACACCCGCAAAGCAGGAGGCCAGGAUCAGUCCAAAGAGCCGUCUCGAGUCAUCGUGGACAUGCGUGAGUUCCGCAGUGAGCUGCCCUCCCUGCUGCACCGUCGUGGGUUAGACAUCGAGCCCGUCACCCUAGAAGUAGGAGACUACAUCCUGUCACCAGACACAUGCAUCGAACGCAAGAGCAUCAGCGAUCUGAUCGGCUCCCUGCAAAGCGGUCGCCUCUACACCCAGUGUCUCUCUAUGACUCGAUACUACAGGAAACCAGUGCUGCUCAUUGAGUUUGACCCAUCAAAACCUUUUUCCUUAAUGGCCCGAUCAGAUUUCAGACAUGAGAUAUCUUCCAAUGAUAUUUCUUCAAAACUCACCCUACUGACCUUGCAUUUUCCUCGGCUUCGUAUCCUCUGGUGCCCCUCUCCACACGCCACAGCUGACCUCUUCCUGGAGCUGAAGCAGGGUCGCCCUGAGCCUGAUGCUGCAGCCGCUCAGGCGGUCACGGCUGAGUCAGACAUGGUGGCUGAAUCAGCAGAGCUUUACAAUCCUGGACCUUAUGACUUCCUGUUAAAGAUGCCUGGGGUCAAUACAAAAAACUACAGGGCUCUAAUUAAGAAUGCAGACAGUUUGGCAGAUUUAGCCAAAAUCAGCCUGGAUAAGCUAGCAGAAAUACUUGGGAAUGCUGCCAAUGCUAAGUUGCUGUAUGAGUUCUUGCAUAACAGUGCUGAUGUCCCUGCUCCAGUGCAGAAGACAAAACAAAAAUGAUAGGCAGCAAAGGCACUGACUUAUAAAUGAAAUGUGAAUUUCCUGGCAAUAGGAUUAGUUUAGCUUAUUGAAUCUGGAUGAAAAAUUCUGCAUUUUUUUAUGCAUUGAGUCAUCAAAAGUGAAAUGUGUAUUAUAUAAAUGUACAGAAUUUACUGAAAUAAUGCAGUUUUUGUGUGAUCUUUAAAAUAAAUUAUGAAAUGGA